CACCCACUAACACCAUUCUAAAACAGCAUUUUUUCUGGAAUGAUUGGCGCACCAUUAAGAUGAAUAUCAACACACUUCUGUUGUUCGCACCCCCAGGGAUGAUGUGAUCUUAGACGUGGUCAGAGAGGAGGACGUGUUGCCCACUAAGGCAGGAUGUCGGACAUGAAAGCUGAGACCUUGCCUGAACACUGGAGUCUAUUUUUGCGCUGUACUAUUUGUUUUGGAUACAUGCAGGAACCUCAUACGUUGGAGUGUGGACAUACAUUUUGUAAACGCUGCCUGAAAAGACUAGCAGAAAUAGGCCGUGAAGAUAAUCCAGACGUACGCGUGAGAAGGUUGAAUCUUUCAUGCCCCACAUGCAGACAUCCUUUCCCUGCCAAACCUGUGCUCACCGACAGAAUAUGCACAUGCAUCAUUCUCAAACAACUGGUUGAGCUAUGGAAAAAAGAGUACACUCUUCUGGCAGCCUCCUCGUAUCUGACACAACGCAGUGUUUGCACUCAGACACAAUCCGAGUCCAACGUGGAUACAGUUGAUGUGAAGUUAUCUGGCGACCAACAUGAAGAGUUCGUAGUCAGCCUCCACCCAUCUGAACAAUAUUGUAAGGCACUUAUGAAAAGAGUAUUCGAGUCCACUGACGACGUAGCCCCUGAAUCCCAUGAUGUCAUCAUCCCCAAGGCCGUCGCACCUACUUCCACAUUAUCUGCAAGUGCCAUAGUAGUCCAUCGUGACAACAUAUCAAGUGACAGCGAAUCCUCUGUUGCUUCAGAAAAUGACAGCAGCAACACAAGCACGAGCCACAGUACGGCAUCUAUACCAGAAAUGUUUGGCCGCAUGAACCUGCCCAGGAUCACAUUCACCGAGUGCACACCCGGCAGGUUUCUGCUCAUGUUGGUCUGGUGCAUGUACUCUGUGGUCAUAGUGGGCUUGGCAGAGGCUUUCCUACCAUAUAUCAUUCUCUUUACACUCUUCUUUUUUCUAGUCGUUCUCAGAUGACCAUUAGGCUCAGGGGUCAUAACAACGCCCCCACCGCAAGUUUUAUUAGUGCUUAUUUUACUCGAUUAUUAUGACCCUUUUUUACAAUGAAAGGCAACAUUUUGUAUAUCUAAAGCAGUUACACUAGAGAUUAAAACCAGAUUUUCAGCUAAGAAGAUACAUUUUUUCAUGUUUUUAUGAGUGAUUUGAAUACUGUUUACCUAACCGAUUUUCCAUGAAAUUGUUCAAUCAUUAUGAUUGUAGUAUAUAUUGAAUGUCUUUUUUGUGUGUGCAUGUAGCAUUAUCAUAAUAAAAAUCUACAGGGUUAUAAAUAUGAACCUCAAAUUUUUUAGUAUGGAUAAAAAAAUUAACUAAAAAGUGGUUUUUAACUAUUUGAUACACCCCUAUUUGUUUUAACUCACAUUGAAUAUGCCUAAUGGUCAUUUGAGAUGCCUAGUUUUUACCAUACUAAAAAUGUACCGUACUCAAAAUAAAUGUUUCUGCAAAACUGUGUAUUUAUAUUUUCUUUUUAUAUGGCAAUAUAGGAAAAAAUAGAAUUUUAGUUUGGUUAUUUUAAC